CCAACAUUGCUCUCUUAUUCCGGACUUGUUAUUUUCUUGUUGUUUCCUCUGCGCGUACUACUCUUGAUCUCCACUCUGUGCUUACCGCUUACCUACCGUGGAGCAUGUAUCGAAAUAGUUCUACAGCGCCUUGAUCGUUGCCGCAAACAGUAAUCAACGCCCCAUCCAACUGUCAUUUCUUCAUCAUUCCUCUGCUGUCACGGGAUUGCGGCGCCCCUCAGCCUACUCAUCCAAGCUUUGACCUUAGUUCAUUAUGGCAUCUAAAAUCGGAUCCCACUUGGCCACUUGUUCCAAUCCACUGCCUCCCAAUACAGCCUCCGGAAAAGAUUCUAUAGCACCACCCGGGUUAAAAGUAGCAGGCCUUUCGACCGAUGCAUCUAAACAAAAACCGAAACGGAGGAGUCUGAACAUUUUUCCACGUCGAGGUAGCUAUAACGACAGCGAUCACAACACAACACCAACAAGAUCCCUUACAAUGAACCAGUCAGGCCCCAAAUUGAAAAGAUGGAGGCUUGGGAGGAAGAGCACCGACGACCACUACUCAAAUAACCAAAGGAGUUCAGGUUCCAAGGAGACCAUCAUACACGCUGUACCGACCAGUGAUGUUCCAUCAAGGCCUACCAGGACGCCUUACCAGUCUGUAGAAAGACUACCUCUACCGGCACCCGACACCGAACACAAACCUCUCCCUCCUGUACCAAUCACCCACUCACCAUCCCCUUCGCCGGGCCUCAGGACGUUCUACCAAACCGGAUCAGUCAACUCAUCAUCGGUUUCAUUGACUCACGUUGAUCAGUCCAGGAUGUCUAUCAGUCGGAAAGCUAGAAGGAAGGAGGAGGUCAUCGGCGUAUACAAGAACGGGAAGGUCAAGUGGAAUUCAGAGCCACAUAUACCUUUCGUGCAGCGGCCACAGGAUGCUUUCGAGAGGAGACCCGAUGGUCAUCACACCUGGUCACAUCCCUCAUCACCGGCAUCGAAGAGAUCGAGCCGUCCCAAAAUCCAAGUAAUCAUCCCAAGUGACCAGAGGCAACAACAAUUCCCAUGUCUGUAUCAUACAAAGGCACCGAUUCAAUCUGCGAAAGCUGAGUUCUUGCACUCUUCGGGAUCUGGACGCACCAUGCCAGUGCCAUUCGAGUCCGAGUCGGUGCCACCUGUUCCACCCAUGCCUCAGAGCAGAUCUGUCAGGCCAUCCACUCAAACGUCAGUGUACUUGGAGAAGAUGGAACACGUAUUGAAACCAAAUCACCAAAGAUCAGAAAGUCGACCAUCGGACUGCUCGGACUCCUCGUCCAAUGCGAGCCAUUCCUCAGUCUAUAGUAGUCAGUCUUCUAUGACAAGUAUUGAGGAUGAGGAGACCAAGGCCGUGUGGACACCACCAAACGAUAUGCUGAUCAGUCUUCACGAGAGACCUGAUAGUAUAGGAGGUUUCUCCAUCCAGUCACCUGUAGGCGCAGGCAUUUUCGACCAGACAAACACCGAAUCGGGGUAUGACGCAGUAAAGCCCAAGCGACCAGCCAGCCCAAAUAGGCAAGUACAAGUGGCAGUGCCUUCACUUCGGCUUGUCUCGCAGCAGGUGCAGGGAAAGCCAUCGAUGAAAUCGCUGCGUCAACCUUCUGGCAUAAUACGUCGCUCAUCCUCCAGGAGCACGAACACGAAUAGUAAACGAUUGUCCUCGUCAGCUGUGCGUCUAGACCUUAUUGGCGCCAUCUUCAACCAUGAAAGGCUGUGUGCUCCCAGUCCAACCUUGAGCGAGGCUGCCCAUGACCUUAGGGAACACCUCUCUUCCAUCACCGACUCUUCUCCAUUCCAGUGGGACGAGUGGAUUGCUUCGUACGAAGGACGGACCUGUAUCGAUGACGAGCAAUCUCCUGUGCGCCUUUCGACCACCGUCGAGGAAGACGAAGACGAAGAGCCGUCCGCGUCACCAGGUCCCCCACCUGCAUUGCCUAAACGCUCCUCUAAGCGACUAACUGUCGCCUCACCUCAUAAGUCGACCAGUAAUGCUGACCCCGAAACAUCGAAUUCCGCAGAACGUACAAACAGUUCUUCUCCAUACUCCUCGUCAUCUUCUGGAUCUCCUAAAUCUCGCUGUUCUCAAACGAGCAGAAAGAGUCUGGCUCUGCGUCUGCGUAUUCCCUGUAACAAGUCACCCAUGCCUCAAGAGAUCAGACCACUACCACCUGCCACGGUCGACGCGGUUCAAGAUGAUGGUACGGCAGAGGAGGCCCGCUUACAGCGUGAACGUGAUAUUUCAGCUGAACAGGCUGAAGCUGUGAUCCUACGAAUUUUCGAGUCUCUUAAUAGUAUCAAGGACCUCUAUGCAACAGCUGCCCUGAACCAGGGGUUUCGCCGGAUAUUCAAAGACCAUGAAAUGCACCUUCUACGGACCGUCCUGAAGAACUCGUCGCCGCCAGCUUGGGAGCACAGGGAGUUAUGCCCACCUCCACGACUUGAUUCUGAUAGUGCUGUUCCAGUACCAGAGCAUACUCCUCAAUCUUACCUAAGGGGCCAUCGCUCUGAUUACCACACCGUCUCUGCUCUCAAAGCAUCAAUCUUAGAACGCUGCCAGUCCUUUCUGCGUCCUGCAACCGUGAGCGCAUUGAAAAGCAAGGUCGCAACAGAGUCAUCUGAUGUUGACGAUGCCCUUUGGCGUCUCUGGACAUUCUGCAAGAUCUUCGGUUCUGAUAAAGGCCGUGAAGAAGAUGUCGCUGCUCAGAUGGAUUGGCUUGAUGGAGGUAUCGUCUUCCACCAGAAGACCUGUGACGCUACCUUGACUGCGAACGCUUUUGAUGUCGGUGGUGUACUUGGUAAUGCCCCUGACACCUUUGCCAUGGGUAAUGUUGGCGGCCUAUCAGCCGAGCAACUACUUGAUAUGACUGAAAUGUGGAAUUGUCUGUCAGUCCUUCUGCAAGGCAUACUUGGUCACACUGAAGAGGCACAUCAGCACGGUAUUUAUGACAGCACCGGCGUACGCGAAGGCGAUGUUGAUGGAGAGGAGCACAUGCUCGAGGAAUGGCAAUAUUACCUCCUGACCCUUGGGCUUGACACCAUUCUAGAAGUUGGCACAACGAAGCCUGACUCCUUGUUCGCCAUCGCAUCUAUGAAAGGAUGGACAACUUGGUCCCCACCUGCGAACGGUGGAAGUAGAGCAACAUUCAUAAAAGAGGCACUCGCCCGCACAUACGAGAAGCGGAUCACCACCGUUGUCCCUGCCGUCCAACAAGAAGCUAAAGAGCAAAAAAAAGAAGCCCACAAAGCGCACAUCGCAAACCUACAGAGCGAGAUUCGACAUCGCAAGCAAUUAGGCGACACGCGCCAGGUCACAAUGAGCAUGGAGCGCCCCAUGUCCGAAUGGGAGAGCAUGGUUGACCACCUCAUAGCACAGAGUCCCUCCAUCAUGGACUCACCAACACUGGGUCGAAACAUCCCCCCGGUUCCCUCUCUUCCAUUCAAAUUCGACAAAGCAGCCAAGCGGGCCUCCAAAGCCGCUGCCCAUCCUCUCAAGCAAGUUAACAAGCCAUCAUAUCCAGCUCUGUCCUCGGUUACACCCCAACCACCCAAAGACAACCUCUUCCACCAACAGCUGCCUUUUCGUCAAUCUAAUUCAACACCGGUGACCCAAACAUCCCGCGGGCAAAUCCAUAGCCACCCCGUUAUGACCAAUGGCGCCGCAAGAUCCUCGACAAGCUUCUCCCGCCCGUUGAGUACUCGCCCGGAUCUUCCCGUCCUUCAAAUCCAUACCGACCACAACCCCCUUCGUCGACCAACGAUGCAAAAACGCGUUUCCAACCAACAUCCUCUGCAGCGCGAUAUUGCAAGCAGAGACCCAGCCACGAACACAGCCGAUAAGGCAAUUUAUCGGAUCGUGGAGAUGGGAUUCACAGCAGAGCAGGCAAAACAUGCGUUGAAGGUGACGGAUAUGGGAGAUGGGUUGCGGAUCGAUCGCGCGGUAGAGUUGUUGCUAAGAGAGAGUAAGUGACGAUGCCGACUUAAGAAUGAGGGUGUGCCCAGGAGAGGGCGAGAUGUAAUAUUGUGUGCCCAGUUGUCUUCUCAGCGGUUUGGUUUCGGCGUCCAGGGCUUGACCACGAUAUAUCCCUUCUUUUGACUUGAUAUUGUGCCAUCUCCUAUGUUCGAGAGCGGAGAUACCCGUGCUACCAGUCGUAGUCUUUCAUAAUUUUUUGAUUUGUUUUAGGAAUGAACAGAAAUGUGAAUACACAACGCAUCGAUGCUACAAACACUCUGCUUAAGAUGCCCAUGAGAUUAUAACCAGAUAUAGUUUGUUGGUCGAAGUUUAAAGAG